UUGUGGAAAAGAAUAUAAAGAAUCGCGCAAACAAGUGGAUCUGAGUUCACAUGGGACUCGCCCACAACAAGAAAACGUUGCUUUCUCCUGUGCUAAGCCAAGCAGUAAUCGUCACUGCUUCUUAGUUUUUUUUUUAGUGAUAGAAAGAGAAAACGCGAAAAGAGAAAAUAGAGCGAGAAAACUCCAUCGCGAAUCGGAGCAUGGCGGAGCUCCGCCACUCCUCCUCCCUCGGCAGCCGCGCCUCAUCCUCUCCGAUGAAGCGCGACGCCGCCGGCGCUGCCGUCGCCGAUUCCUCCCCUCUCAUUCCCGACAGCCACCUCGCCCACGACGACGACGAGCACGAUCGCCACUCCUCCAAGGACCGCGACCGCCACCUCUGCUCCUUCUUCACCGACGACCCUAGGGUUUCCCCUCACUACUCCAGGAUCUCUCUCUGUUUCACCUUCCUUCUUAUUCUCGUCGGUUUGUUCUCCGUCUUCACAAUCUUCCAUAAACUCAAUGCGCCUUACUUGUGUAAAAAGGAUGGGAUUGUUCUUCACUGCCCACAUGUUAAAGAGUCUCCAUCACUUUGGGAAAAUCCUUUUUCAUCCACAACAUCUUGGAAGCCCUGUGCUGAGCGCCGGGAUGGUGAUAUAACAGAACUUCCCCCUGAAAAUGAAACAAAUGGCUAUAUAUUCAUCCAUGCUGAAGGUGGUUUAAAUCAGCAAAGAAUUGCGAUAUGCAAUGCAGUGGCUGUGGCAAAAAUAAUGAAUGCCACUCUUAUUUUGCCUGUUUUGAAGCAGGACCAGAUUUGGAAGGACCAAACGAAAUUUGAAGACAUUUUUGAUGUGGAUCACUUCAUUGACUACCUGAAAUAUGAUGUUCGUAUUGUCCGUGAUAUCCCAGAAUGGUUUACUGAUAAAUCAGAGCUAUUUACUAGCAUAAGGCGGACUGUAAAAAACAUUCCAAAAUAUGCACCGGCACAAUUUUAUAUUGACAAUGUUCUGCCCCGAAUCAAGGAGAAGAAGAUUAUGGCUCUGAAACCGUUUGUUGACAGGCUGGGAUAUGACAACGUUCCACCUGAAAUCAACAAGUUGAGAUGUAGAGUCAAUUAUCAUGCUCUGAAAUUUCUUCCUGAUAUAGAAGAGAUGGCUGAUUCACUAGCAUCAAGGAUGAGAAAUCGAACAGGCAGUUCUAAUCCUUAUAUGGCUCUGCAUCUUAGAUUUGAGAAAGGAAUGGUGGGACUAUCAUUCUGUGAUUUUGUGGGGACAAGAGAGGAGAAGGCUAAAAUGGCUGAGUAUAGAAAAAAGGAAUGGCCUCGACGGUACAAGAAUGGUUCCCAUCUGUGGCAAUUAGCUCUGCAGAAGCGAAAGGAAGGAAGAUGUCCUCUAGAGCCUGGAGAAGUGGCUGUUAUUCUUCGUGCCAUGGGCUAUCCAAAAGAAACUCAAAUUUACGUAGCUUCCGGACAGGUGUAUGGUGGACAGAACAGGAUGGCUCCGCUAAGGAAUAUGUUCCCUAAUCUGGUUACCAAGGAGGAGUUGGCAACUAAAGAGGAGUUAGAUGGUUUCAGAAAGCAUGUGACGAGCCUAGCAGCUCUUGACUUCUUGGUGUGCUUGAAAUCAGAUGUAUUUGUGAUGACCCAUGGAGGCAACUUUGCUAAGCUGAUCAUUGGGGCUCGUAGAUACAUGGGUCACCGUCUAAAAUCAAUUAAGCCUGACAAAGGGCUAAUGUCCAAGUCUUUUGGGGAUCCAUACAUGGGUUGGGCUACUUUUGUAGAAGAUGUUGUUGUUACGCACCAGACACGGACGGGAUUGCCAGAAGAGACUUUCCCUAACUAUGACCUCUGGGAGAACCCUCUGACUCCUUGCAUGUGUAGAGCCUGAUUACAGCAAUUUUAUCGAUGACAUUGGGACUUUACUCGAGUUGCGUUUGGGAGAAAUAUGCGAUCUAAGUUAUGAAUUCUAUCUAUCUCCAGGGUAAACAAACGUCGGAGUGUGGGUUGCUUUUAAUGCAAGCUGAGGUAGGAGGGGCAGUAAAUAGAAAUUUAGAGCAGAGAUAAUGGCUUGAAGGGAAUGGGAUUGGAUUGUUGGUUAUCAUUUUAAUGAACAGAGUUCCUAUUGAGUAUAUUCUCUUUACCGAGACACCAGGUGAAUUUUGUCUUUUCUAACAUGUAGCAAUCCCCGUCCACUUUUCUUCCAGGAAACAAAGUGAUUAUUUUUUUGUACUAAGAAAAAUGUGCAAAUCAUUAAUGAAUUACAUGUUGCUAGGUUUCUUGUAAUUUUACUAUGCACAGAACAGGCAGGAUUUGGCUCUAUAAAAGUGCAAAGAUAGAGUGGAGUUUAAAUGCAUUUGAAAAUUUGA